AUGUCAAAUUUGCACUCCUCCAACGCAGAUACCUUUGCGAAGAUGUCAGAUAAUGCUGACUCUCCAACAGAAACACAAAAAGAAGAGCCACCUACACAACAGCCUCCGAAUGAGGACUCCGGAACUGCAGAUGAAAAGAAAAAGAUUGAUGUGUUGCUGAAGGCUGUUGGGGACGCUCCCAUUAUGAAGACCAAGAAGUGGUCUGUGGAACGUGGAAGAACAGUGCAGUCCCUGUCACAGUUUAUCUCACGAUUUCUAAAACUUGAGCCUAGUGAACAACUGUUUAUAUAUGUCAAUCAGUCCUUUGCGCCAUCACCUGACCAAGAAGUAGGAAUUCUUUUUGAGUGUUUCAGCAGUGAUGGGAAGUUGGUUCUCCACUACUGUAAAUCCCAAGCCUGGGGCUGAUCCAUCAUGACUUAGUUUUAUGUGAUCUCAUUCACACUUACUCACACAAAAGCAAACACAUUUUUAUCCUGUGUUAAUUGUUUAUGUUGUCAAUAUGUUGUUUUUAUGUAAAUAACAAAGUGUAAAGUGUAAAUAAAUUCCAUGUUUCUCA